UCAUUCAGGAAGAAGUUGCCAUCCCGAUGGAAAGGAUAUCAAAUUAUGAAGAAAAAAUUGAUUUAAUCAAAAAGAAAGAAUUAGUAAAUGAAAUAACUGUAGCGGAACCGGUAAAAGAGAUACCAGUUGAAAAACCUGAAAUAAUCGAGGCUGAAAUUGAGCGGGCAGCAGAAAUCGAACCUGAAUUGCCGGAGGAAGAAUAUUGUAAUUAUAAGAGUAAUGAAUUUUCUUAUAGAGAACUUCGAUUGACACUAAUUUCAAACGUAAUUCCAGUUGAACCCGAGAAGCAUGUAGAAUAUGACGAGGGCGAAGAAGGCAUUACCGAUUACGAAAAAUUUAUCGCCGAAGAAUUGCGGGACGCUCUAAGAAAAAAUAAAAUUCCGGAGAAGCCAAGAGAGAUGCCUCGAGAAAUUCCCAGGAAUGCGGUCUAUGAGGAAAUUGAUCGCAACAAUGCCAGACCAUCAAGAGAGCCUGAAGAACGACGAAUUAAAAAAGAAAUACCUGCAAAAGUAAACCGAAUUAUCUCGCGCAAACCUAAAAUUGCAGAUGUUUGCGAUGAGACGUGCCCUUUCGUAAAAGAGCAGAAAGAACGUUUUAUGCGCAAAUUGAAGGAACGACAAUGGGUCAUAGAUCAUUAUUAUCUGCCAAAGGGCUUCAACUAUUUCGAAGACGUAUGCACGUGUUCUCUAGCUUGCAUGGUGUACGCUCUAAGCAGGGAUCCAUUCGUGAGAAGCGUAUUCGCGUCUCUCGCAUUGUUUGCGGUCGGAUUAAAGCUGUGCUCCGAGCUGGAUGCAUGGGAGAUGCCAAAUCGCGUUUCGUAAGAUCAGAUAUUGACAUCAAUCGCUGUAUAAUCAUUAUUAAAACUAUCCUAUCAAAUUGCAGUGGCAGUCA